GUAAAUUGACGUGGGUCGGGUAUAGACAGAUUGACACUGUCAACGAAACAUCAGCAUGAGCGGAGGAGGAGCACCGGAUUUGCUGCUUGGGAUUGUGGAGGCGCGGAAGGUGCAUGUAGAAGACGCGAAGAAGACGACCAGCGCUCAGGACCUGCGCGACAAGAUCGCGGUGUACGAAGGCAAGCAUGGGCCAGCGGUGUCCAUCGUCGAGAAAAUUCGACAGAGCGCGCCAAAGAUCGCUGUGGCAGCCGAGUUCAAGCGAGCUAGUCCUAGCAAAGGGGACAUUGCGGUCGAUGCCGACGCUGCGGAACAAGCCAUGCUGUAUGCGCAAGGCGGGGCGAGCGUAAUCUCCGUCUUGACGGAACCCGCGCGGUUCAAGGGGUCCUUGGACGACAUGCUGGACGUGGCGCUCAAGGUGGAGACGUUGGGCCGCGCCCGUCGGCCAGCCGUCCUUCGAAAGGACUUCAUCUUCGACACGUACCAAGUGCUCGAAGCCCGAGCGUACGGCGCGGACAGUCUGCUGCUGAUUGUAGCCAUAUUGACUCUGCCGGAAUUGACGGCGCUGUUGGCGGCAAGCCGGGAGCUGGGCAUGGAGCCGCUCGUGGAAGUGAACAACGAACACGAGCUUGAUGUAGCCAUUGAGGCCGGUGCCAAACUCAUUGGCGUCAACAACCGCAAUUUGCGCACGUUCAAGUUGGAUUUGAACACGACCGUGGACAUUGCGCAUGCGAUUCGACGCCGAGGAAUUCCUCUGGAAGGCCCGGAGAGCGUUCUUUUACUGGCACUUAGUGGGGUAUUUACACGGGCCGAUGCGCUUAAAUUCGAAGAGUGCGGCGCGCACGGAGUGUUGGUCGGUGAAAUGCUCAUGCGGUGCCACAACGUCAAGGAUAUGAUUCAAGAACUCAAGGGCGUGACGACGUACCACCACAAAACCCUUGUGAAAACAUGUGGUAUCACCGACGCCGCGACUGCGUUGGUAGCUGCCAAGCACGGCGCCAACUUGAUUGGCAUCAUUUUCGUAUCCAAUUCCCCUCGGAACGUCCAUCUGGACACCGCCGUGGACAUCGUCCAAGUCGUGAGAAAGUUCGGCGAACGGUCUUCUCGAGUGCCUAUCGAAUUGGACGAACUUGAAGUGCCACCGUCGUCUUCUCUGGAUUCCAUCACGGGUUGGUUCCAGUCACAUGCCAAGAAACUGUCGGCCGCGAGUGCCCGCACCCCGCUCGUGGUUGGGGUGUUUCAAAACCAAUCCGUCGAGUACAUGAACGACGUGGCCGAAAAGGUGGGGUUGGAUUUGAUUCAAUUGCACGGCGACGAAGGCUUUGAAGUGUGUCGACAACUGAUUGUACCGGCGAUUCGCGUGGUGCAUUUGCCAGGCUUUCACACUGGUGGGAGUGUCAACGUCGAAGCUAUCAAGGAGAACGUCCAGGCUGGCUACGCGGUCGCGAUCUUGUUGGAUACCGCAAUCAAAGGCCAAAUGGGUAUAAAUGCAUCAUACAUAUACUAUGAAGUAUAUAAAUAUAAGUACAAUACAUACCUCCUUUCGAUCGAUGAGAUUAAUUUGCAGAUAUAUAUAAACAUGCCCCAAGGAUUUAUUUUUUCCAAGUAGAAUGAUUUUUUUAUUAAAAUUUCUUUGUAUAUAAAAAAGAGAAUGUAAUUUUUUUGCAUACACACGUUUUCAUCACUAAUAUUAUUCUAUGAAGUAUAUCGAUAUAACAAUUCUUUUAUUAAUAUCGAUAUAACUAUUCCCCGUGUGGUUUAUAAUCAGGUGGCACGGGCGCCGUAUUUGACUGGAGUAUCGCUGCGAGCUUUGACCAGGCAGGGAUUCCGUGCUUGAUGGCGGGAGGUCUGACGCCGCUGAAUGUGGCGCGCGCGAUCCAAGUGGCGACGCCGUUGGGGGUGGACGUGAGCUCCGGUCUUGAAGACGGGACCCCUGGCGUUAAGAACCAUUUGAAAGUGCAGCAGUUCAUUCGCAAUGUGGUGCAGCCGCCCUUGUCGAGUCUGGACAGCGUCGACGAAGACACGUUUGCCGAAAAGUAGACGAGAAUGGCAGGCCGCCGCUUGAUUUGUAUCCAAGGUCACCAGUCUGUUGUAGAUAAUGCAUGCCUCCUGUGAACAAGAGUAACACUCGACCCCGUCUUAGUGUUAAGUAGUAGUGCUUGUAUAGUAUAAAUGCUUGCCUGGGAUAAUGGUG